UCGAAGACUUUUAUUUCUCACAGCUUUCAUUGCCAUUCUCGUUCUCCCCUCAUUACAAAGUGAAGAGAUUGAAAGAUUCACUAGAAUAUUAAAUAACCGACCUGAAUUCCUAAAAAAAAUCUCUAAAAAAUUUAUAGAAGAAUUCACUAAAAAAGGGAUAAAAUGGCCUAAAGAAUUGGCUGAAAAAUUGGCUGAAAAAUUCCCUGAAAGAUUUCCUAAAAGAUUCCCUGAAGAAUUCUUCACGGAAUUCAUUGAAGAAUUCCGUGAAGAAUUCCCUAAAGAACCCAUUGAAGAACUAAUUAAAAGAUGCGGUGAAGAACUCCCUAAAAAAAUCCGUAAAGAUUUCCGUAAAAAAUUCGGUAAAGAAAUCAGUGAAAAAUCAAUUGAAAGACUCUAUGAAGAAUCAAUUAAAAGCUUGCGUCAAGAAUUGACUGAAAAAUGCCCUGAAGAAUUAAUUGAAGGAUUCCCUCAAAUUUUUACUAACCCUUUCAUAGAAUCGAAUAGUGAAUUCCUUGAUGAAUACACUAAAAAAUUUAUAAAAGAAGUGGAUAAAGAAUUGAUACAAAAAGACCUAGAAGAAUUCUAUAAAGACUUCGAUAAAGAAUUCAUAAAAGGCCGCGUUAAAGAAAUCCUAGAAACACUGAUUGACGGAUUCCUAGAAGAAUUCCUAAAAAAAUUGACUACAAAAUUCCCAAAAGGCUCCACUCUAAAACCUAAUAAUUCUCGCAUGUAA